AGUAGCUAGCUAGUUAGCAGCUAGCUUAACCAACCAGCUAGGUGGCAGCGCGGUUUGACGAGAGCCUCAGAAAAAUAUUUAUAGUUCGACACCCAUGGCCUCCUCUGCUCCACACAACUUCUCCUGGGUGGAAUCCGGCAAACUGGCCGGCCUGGCGUUGCCCAAGAUGACAUGUGAAUACCAGUACCUGCUGGACAAUGGCAUCAAACACCUGGUUUGCCUGUGUGAGAGGAAGCCACCUUACUACGACUCGUGUCCAGAGCUGCAGCUUCACCACAUCAAGAUAGUCGACUUCACUCCUCCUUCACCGAGUCAGAUCGACAGAUUCCUCUCCAUCGUGGAAGAAGCCAACUCUAAGGGGGAGGGCGUGGGAGUUCACUGUAUGCACGGUCACGGGAGAACGGGGACCAUGCUGGCCUGCUACCUGGUGAAGACGAAGAAGAUUUCAGGGAUCGACGCGAUCAACGAGAUCCGCAGACUGAGGCGAGGUUCCAUUGAAACUCACGAACAAGAGAAAGCAGUGGUGCAGUUUUAUCAGCGCACAAAGUAACUUUAAUGGAAGGAAGUUUAGCAACAUACAGCAACGAUUUAUACAGUAAAUAAGCAUAAAAUAAUAUGAACUAUUACUAAAUUAAAACUUUAUUAUCUGGAAAAUAUGAAAAACAAUGUUUAAACUGUUGACAAAUCUCCAAAAAUGAUUUUAACAGACAAUACUGAUCUUGAAAUGACUAAGUCACACAUUUCUACCAUAAAUGCAUUCUCCUGCUGCCUUUUCGCGUGGUGCUGUACAUUUGUUCUCCUCGCGGAUUGUUAAAUUUCUUUAUUUAGACAUUUUUUCUGUUCGGAGGUUUGUGCUUCCAAGGUUUUAGGCUUGUUUUACGCACUGGACGCCAGAGAAAAGAGAUGCUGCCGCUCCUUGAAGGUGAGCUUUUCCGGAGCAGACACUCUCCUGAUUUCCUCCCGCUGAUUACUGCAAACACACAACAGAAAUACUUGAAUUUAGUUUCUUAUGGGGACACACGCAGCCUGUGCUGUUUUUUAAAAUAUAUUUAUGCACGGUCAUCUGCAGAUUUGUUGUACUCAGGGAUGUUCUUUCAAAUUCUUUUGAAGUGUUUGAAAGAAUUAAGAUGUUUUCUUGCACAUGGACAUUUAAGCAUCAUGGUAUGGAAAAGAAAAAAAAAGCUGCAUAAACAGCCGAGUGUUCAGUCAGAUUUAAUUUGACUGUUUAGCUUCGUGUGCCAUAAACUGUAAACUCACUCUCUUGAUGCCACGUUGGGAACAUCCCGACUCGGUCCACUUGGCUUUUGAUCUGCAAAAAACAUGGAAACGAAAUGUCAGAUGAACAAAAGCUGUUUUGAAUAAAAGAAAAUCAGCUUAAAUUUU